GCAUACUCCGUACAUACAUAGAUCCAUUGAAGGCUGGCGGCUGCCCCAUCUCCAGAGGCCCAAGUGAGUUAGGAAGCAGCAUUGCAGCAGACGCCGACAUAUCGGCAAUGGAGGUAAUGGAGGGGGAAAGCAUGGUGCUGCCAAGCGGCCCAGUUCUUGACGCUUCCAGCGCUUUUCUACUUCUCGUCACUGUCUUGGUCUUUCUCUUGCCUCUGUUCACCUACUUUCCGCCCGUUCCGCCUUCGCAGCGUGAUGCGCUCCUUGAAACACAUUCCCCAAUCGGCCUGAAGCCUGGGGAUUCCGGCCUACAGAGCAAGCAACGAGGCCAUGUAGAGGCUAACGGUAGUUCUGCGAAGAGCAUGAGCGGCGGGAAACUCAAAGCCCACUGCGAGAUCCGCAGUCUCUGCAUCUACCCCGUCAAGUCGUGCAAGGGCAUUGAGGUUCGCCAGAGCAAGGUGCUGCCAACAGGCCUCGAGUUUGACCGUCUAUACACGUUUGCGCAGCUCAAGAGCCCCUUUCCCCUCGGCGUGCAGGCCACCGACGAGGAAAAGGAGGCGCACAAGUGGGAAUUUAUCACCCAGCGGCAGUUCCCUCUGCUUGCUACCGUUCAGGUAGACCUCUACCUCCCCGACGCCAUCAAGGCCAACGGACGCUCCACCAAGGUUUCUGAUGCAUUUCUUCUCGUCCGCUUCCCGUGGCAAGAACCCGGUCUGCGUGGGGCGUUGAGCUGGGUGGCCGCCAAGAUCGCACGAGGCCGGCACGCGCAGCCGGAAAAGGAGUUGCUCUUGCCCGUUGCCUUCCCUCGGCCGGACGAAAUCGAAGCCCGGGGCUAUGCCUAUGAGCAGGUCACCAUCUGGCGGGAAUCGGUCACGGCACUCAACAUGGAGGCAGAUCUGCCCCAAGAGCUUAGGCUCUACUUGGGCGUGAGUAACAGGCUCGGCAUCUUUCGCAUCGACCCGGACCGAUUAAGACCCGUCUACCGCUGCGCACCGACCGUGGACGAGGCUGGCUACCAGCCAGUUACCGGCUUUCAGGAUGCUUAUCCGCUGCAUCUCUUGAACCUCUCUAGCGUUCGAGAUUUGGAUGGCAAAAUUGACAAGGACGAAGCCAUCCGGGACCUUGAUCCUCGAAGAUUUCGCGCCAACAUCAUAGUGGAUAGCGGUGAUACCCCUUACGAUGAAGAAACCUGGAAGAAGAUUCGGUUCACGCCCGGGCCUAGCAGCAAGCGCGGUGCCUCGACAUUCCAUGUGUCUUGCCGGACUGUCCGCUGCAAAAUGCCCAACGUUGACCCAGAUAAUGGACAUCGGCAUGCAGUGGAGCCGGACAGGUCCCUGAGGAAGUAUAGAGAGGUCGACGAGGGCGCCAGGCAUAAAGGAUGCCUCGGGAUGCAACUCACGCCUUUAUUUGACGAGACUGCCUCGCCCGAAGAUAUGGAAAGUUGGGUCGAGGUGGGAAUGUGCGUCGAGGUGCUCGAGCAAGGUAGCCAUUUCUAUAUUCCGCAGUAGACCAACUAGAGAGGGUAGCAGAGCGGACAAGCAGAUAGAGCGCUGCGCACAUCUAACAGGAAUCGACUGGAACUCAAAUGAAACACAGACCCCACCAGGCAUAACACUCCUCAAGGGCAUGAUCCUCCAUCCACGGUCGUAACAAAAUCUUUCGUCAUCGUGGUCCAUCAAGGAAAGAGAAAACCCACAGCUUGGAAUCGCAAGCUUGCGACACGGGAAAAGGACAUUGAC